CGCAGCGCGCGAUCAUGGCGCAAGAUAAGCUCAAGGUGCUCUUCGUGGGCGACGUCGAGGGCAGGUUCGACGAGAUCUUCACGCAGGUGAACGCGGUAAACGCCAAGGCGGGGCCGUUCGCCGCGAUGCUCUGCGUCGGGAGAUUCUUCGCCCCCGACGGAUGCAGCGACGCGCUCAUGCCGUACCUCACCUCGGAGAAGCGCAUAUCCGUCCCGACGUACUUCAUCACCGGCGACGAGGACCCCGGCAAAGGCAGCACGUCGCUCGUGGACGACAUCCAGGACGGCGGCGAGGUGUGCAAGAACCUCACGUUCCUGGGCCGAGCCGGCGCGAAGCGAUUGCCGUGCGGCCUCAGCGUCGCGUACCUCUCCGGCGCGUACAAGCCGGACAAGUACGCCCUGGACGCCGCGUUCGCGGGGCGACGCAACGCGAAGACGCUCGCGCCGCACUACAUCUCCAGCGACGUCGACGAGAUCGUGCGCGCCGCGCGCGGGGGCGAGGACGGGGAAGAGAACGAAGAGUUUUCGCUCGCCGGCGUCGACGUCUUGCUCACCGCCGAGUGGGGCGAGAAGUUCGACGCGUUGCUUCCGGACACGAUGUCGCACCCGCUCGCGAGCGCGACGGAGGAUAACUUAUCGCCCGCGGUGACGCGGCUCGCGACGGAGGUGGCGGCGAGGUAUCACGUCGCGGGGACGGAGGGCGCGUAUUUCGCGCCGCCGCCGUAUCGAAACGCGCUCCACGCGACGCGGUUUUACGGGUUGGGGAAAGUAGGAAACGCCGCCGGCGCGAAGAGCUUGGUCGCGGUCGCGGUGACGCCGACCGCGCAGCUCGCGCUCGAUGCCGCGCGGACGGGCGCGCGCGACGGCGGCGACGCGUGCACGCCGUGCCCGUACACGUACGAGCGUCCGAAACCGCGCGUCGCGGAGCCCGAGGAGGACGCGGAGCCCGAGGAGGACGCGUCGACGCCGGCGGCCGCCGUCGGACCGGCGCCGCGGGAUCAUAACGCGCCGAAAAGACACGAGGACCUCCCGUCCGGGGAGUGGAAGUGCGGGAUGUGCGGGAACGUCAACCGCGCGCAUCAGCAGAAGCAGUGCCACAUGAAGAAGUGCGGCGCGCCGAGAGAGGGGGACUUGGAGCUGUGGAGGAUGCAAAACAUGAGUUUCAACGGCAGAGGCGCCAAGCGCGACGCGGACGGCGCCAUCGUGAACGCGCUCGGGGGCGUCCGCGGCGCGGGCGGGGGCGAAGGGAGGGUGUACAGCAUGAUGUCCAAGGCGGAGGCUGAGGCCGCGGCGGCGGCCGCGGCCGCGGAGAGAGCCGCGGCGGCGGAGGAGGAGGCGGCGAAGCGCGCGAAGAUGACCGCGAAAGAGAGGACGUCGUUGGACGUCUAA